CAUUUGCACCUAUGCGUCAUUCGAUUUGCUAUUGUGAGUUGUUUGGUGCUCAAUAUUUUCCCCAAAUUAUCAUAAGUUUGAUUUUUAUGUAAUAGUAAAAUGAAAUAAAAUAAUUUAAUCGCAAAAAAUAAUGUGCUGUACGGUAUUUUGUAGUACUCGAAUUAUUUACACAAAUUAAGCGAUAUGAAUACAUUUAAGCUGCUGAAAUUCUUUUUAUUAUGUGUUAUACCUUUUUCUUUAUGCCAAGAAAGAAAGAGCGAUGGAAUAACAUUUCAUUACAAUAAUACGUAUAUGUAUGGUGUUUCAUAUAUAGUAAACGUUAGUAAAAAUGAUGAAUACAUUAUGGAGUUUGCUGGGGACCAAGAUGCGUAUGACACUCCGGCGCGUGUGACAGUGGCAAGCGACUUCGCUAAUGGCACCUAUCCAUUAUUCAUUACUGCUAGACAACAAAAAGGUGUCUUCUCAUGGCAGCUGCCGAUGCUGGUCCAGACACCACUCCAGUUGGAGCAGUUCAGCAACAUCUCGCGCACUCUCUGUCCACAUAACAAUAUAUUCUCGCAGGAUGAGGACACUUGCGAUUUAUCAACUCUGCCGCCCCCUAUCGUACAUCUGACGACAUCAUCACCUGACCCAAUCAGCGUAACCAUAGUAGUAGAAACAGUGCAAGAUUUCUAUAUAAAAUUAAAUAAAGAAACAUUUUUAAAUAGUACACCAAGUCAACCGAAAUAUUACUUCUACCCUUUUGAUCAGGAACCAAAUAAAAUGGUAGAUAUAACAACGCAAAGUAUUAAAAAGAAAUACAUGUGUAAUGAGGAAUUGGAUGAUUCGGAAAAGAAGAAAUUGGACAGAUAUUUCGUACAGAGUAAUAUGGAACAAAGUUAUGGUUGGUUUUCAAGACCUAAGAGUGUUAUUGUUAUGAUAGAAUCUGAUGACGAUAUUUGCGCUGUCGUCUCGAUACAAAAUAUAUCGUGUCCGGUGUUUGACAACGAAAGAGACAUCCUGUAUGAUGGGUAUUAUUUGACGAUGACGCGACGUGGCGGUAUCACAUUGACGCAAGACACGUUCCCGUUAGGUUUCUACAUAGUGUUCAUAGUGAAGACGUCAGACGCGGACUGCACCGCGGCCACGGGCAAUGCCACGCUGCCGCGCAUGGCGCGCAUGCUCGGCUGGCACCAAACUGACGUCAAUGUCACCUCGGCUGACGGCAGACUGAAACAGUUCAAAUUCAAGAUAAUCCAGACGAUAUCGUACCAAGAAUACGUGGUGGCAGCAGUAGCCGCGCUCUGCUUCUUUCUCUCCUUCUACGUGGCAUUCCUCAUCGCCCUGGUCUUCCAGAGGAACACUCCUGGCUCCACAGUCUCCAGUCAAAGUGAAGAAGGUAUAUCGACAAUAAUGCCACGUGGCAGUAAAGAGCCGCUGGCGAGGCGCAGGCGGACUGUGAACACGUCCGACGGCAGCGGCAGCUACCGACAGAAUGUGGCCGAAGACGCGCAGCCGAUACGCACGGACCGUAGUUCGAGUUCUGACACAGAAUCUGACUUUGAUGAUACCGCGACAGUGGAGAAUGGCGACUACCUUCAAAGUGGUAGAUUAUGUGUGGCUAAUCUUUCUAGAUGUCGUCCGCGCGUGCUGUCUGCGCGCUCCAAGAUGUAUCUCUGGAACGUGCUGACUGUGGCCAUCUUCUACACGCUGCCAGUUGUGCAGCUCGUUGUCACAUACCAGCGAUUGUUGAACCAGUCCGGCAACCAGGAUCUGUGCUACUUCAACUUUCUGUGCGCUCACCCGCUUCUGGUGCUCUCGGACUUUAACCACGUGUACUCCAACCUGGGCUACGUGCUGCUCGGAGCGCUCUUCCUGCUGCAGGUGUGGCGCCGGCACCAGCAGCACCGCGCUGACACCGCACGAGAGAAGGAGAUGGGCAUCCCGCAGCACUUCGGGCUGCUUUACGCGAUGGGCGUGGCGCUGGUGAGCGAGGGCCUGCUCUCCGCCGCCUACCACGUCUGCCCCAACAGCAUGAACUUCCAGUUCGAUACAUCGUUCAUGUAUGUGACGGCGGUGCUGUGCAUGGUGAAGAUCUACCAGGCGCGACAUCCGGAUAUCAAUGCGCGGGCGCACGCCACCUUCGGUGUGCUCGCACUCAUCAUAUUCAUAGGUCUGGUGGGUGUGCUAAACGCCAACUUCUACUUCUGGGUGGGGUUCACGGUGCUGCACCUCUUCACCUGCCUCGUGAUGACCUUCCAGAUAUACUACCUCGGCAGGUUUAGAUUUGAUUGCGGCGUGUUGUGGCGCGCUGUCCGCGAGGUGGCGCUGCGGCCGCGCGCCGCCGUCACGCCCGCGCGCUGCGGCCGCUGCGUGCUGCUGCUGCUCGCCAACCUCGCCAACUGGGCACUCGCUGCUUACGGUGUGGCACAGCACAGUCGUGACUUCGCGUCACACCUGCUGUUGGUGCUGAUGAGUAACCUCUUCCUCUACACGCUAUUCUACAUCGCAAUGAAGCUGCUGCACAGGGAGUCUAUACGAUGGUACAGUUGGGUGUUCAUCGCGCUGACGUACUCGGUGUGGUUUGGUUCCAGCUACUUCUAUCUUGAUCUCAGCACCAACUGGGCUCUAACUCCAGCGCAGUCUCGUCAGAGCAACCGCGUGUGCUCGCUACUGGAGCUAUACGACUCUCACGACGUGUGGCACUUCCUCUCCGCCACCGCCAUGUUCUUCUCCUUCAACAUGUACCUCACCAUCGACGACAACCUCGCACACGUGCCGCGCACUGACAUCAUGGUCUUCUAACACGUCUACUGGACGGCCAUGUGGUCUACACCGCAAUGUUGUCUACUAGAUGGUAUUAUGGUCUACUGGGCGGCCACGUGGUCUACUAGAUAUUGUUAUGGUCUACUGAACUGGACGACCUCUUGGUCUAUUAGAUGCUAUUAUGGUCUACUAGAUAGUGCUAUGGUCUAUUAGACUGGAACUCGGUCUACUAGAGAGCGGUAUGUAUACUAAACUGUGCUAAGGUCUAAUCGAUUAUAACAGUAUUCUAGACUACUUCAUGGUCUAAGACCACAAAAUAUGAAAAUGGUCUAGACUAUGCUGUAUGAAGACCACGGUCUUUUUGACCACUUUAAUUAUGGGCAUUGGUGAAUGGUACAAUGAUCUCAAAAUAAGGCAAUUGUUACAAAAUGAUCCCUUUUUGCUUUUUAAUUCCGCGUGCGAGCGGCAUCAAAGCGUAACUUUAAGAGUUGGGCACACAUUUGACUAAACUAUCGCACGACUGUUGUGCAAUUAUCGAUUGUUGUAGCCAAUUCGACUGUUUAGUUGCACUAAAAAUCGAGUAGUGUAUCGUAUAAGGUGACAAUGACACUAAACAGUUUUGCGAUAGUUUAGUCAAAGGCGUAAAUAUUCUAAAAUAUAUUAACUAUAUGAGUCGUGAUAGUUCUUGAAGCCUUAUUAAAUAAUAUAGUUAUAGAAAUAAUUAUUGCAGAUUUUUAAAUAAGAAACUUGAAGCAC